GUGACUGGUACCGAGUUUCCUUUCUUGUUGCUUCAACCUGUCCUGCGAUUUCGUUUUGUAGGUCCAUUCUAGUUGGCGUGAUCCAUAGUUUCGCUCACUUCCUGCUAAGAAGGGUAUACACUAGAUCACACUUGUAUGAACCCUUUCACAACUAAAUUUGCUUAUCUUCAUUUGGGACCCACAGUAACCCACAGCAGCUAAACGGCGAGGUGGUUGCCUCGUCUCACCAGUUGGCAGUCUCUCUACCUGGAACCAUUUCCUUUCACCAGUAAAAGUACUCAUACAGCGAAUGGGCAGCGACAACGAUGCACAAAUAGGAUACGGUAGACGCGAUGCGUCAUCAUCGAGCAGCAGAGAGUCUUCCCCCGCUGCUAAACGACAGAAACGGUCUUUCACACCAAAUUCUGACGAUGGGACCCUCGCAGUCCCUGCACAAGUCGAAAGUAAUGCGGAUACAUCUUCCAGAGAUGGUACCCCAGCGCCAUUGAUUCGCCAGGCAGUUGGAUUCUCAUGGCAGCCGUCUGUGCUCCCCAUUGCAACUGUCAACACCUACCAAGCUGUCCUCCCCUCAAAUCCAAAUGCAAUACAAUUUCUCCCAGGACAGGCGCUACCUAAGAAAAAGAAAAGGAGAGCAAAACCGGAGUACUCCGCUCAGACGAGCCGGUUUAGACUCUCUCAGGUACCCGAGCCCACACCAGCACACACACCAGAACCCUUAACACAGCCCACACUAUAUACUGGUGGAGGUCCGUAUUCCUCGAUGUAUCGUAUCAGCAAUGCUGCAUCGCCUGCGGAAGCUCAUUCCUCGGCCGCGUCUUCCACAAUAGCGUCCGGUCCACGUAGUCCGUAUCAUGUAGUACCGGGGGCAUACGAUAACAUAGGUUCAAGUCGUAAUCGCGCCCCGGGCCAAAUUGGCGGGCCUGUCACUCCUGCCAAGAAUAAACAGAAUAAGAAAUCAACUGGGCAACGCACUGCUCAGGGCCCUGGUUCUUUAGCUCAGUCCUCAGCCUCUAGCCGCCAACUUCAACCGCCUCCUUCCAAUAUGCAUUACCCACGUCCAGGAGCACAUUAUCGUCGCGAUUAUGAAGCGAACCUAGAUUCACGCUCACGCUCCACAAGUGCAGUAUCUCCUCAAGAAACUGCGCGACCAACUUUUUCUACACAAGAACGAUCUGUACCUCCACCCUCUGGAGGACCAGUGCGACCUCUUCGGAUGUUGACGCUCCUCAUCGAGGAUGUCAGAAGUGGAGUCCCAGAUCACCAGCUUGCAGAGAUCAAAGUGGUUCUUCGGCCAGGGGAAGACCCAGACAGUGGUUUCUGGGCAAAUGCAAAAGAAGUCUGUGAAACUUUGCAAGCUGGACCGUCACGGAUAGAUGGUCCUGCGAGGGUGUACACCCUUCGUGGAAAAUAUCGCCAGUUCUUCAUGCGUGUGGAUGCUGAUAACGUCCUCGAAGCAGAAUCGUGUAAUCUUGGUGUGAGCAAAGAGCGCACACUUGAAGUCGUCGUCGAAGCUCCUGUCCCAAAAGGUCGAUUACCUCCACCUCCCCGGCUUCCUCUUGAACUGCCACAGAUGUCUAGCUCUGACUCCGAUAAUGCCGUGUCACCCCCUCGACAGCAAAUGUCGAGACAGGCAAUGUAUUCAGGCGUCACACGUGAUACGCGCAUCGAUUUGUUGUCACAAAGUGAUUACUGCCCCAAAAAGAGAAAACGACCCUCCCAAAGCCAUUCAUUACCUCAAAAUAAAGCACCGCGAAGUUCAGUCCAGAAGACUCCUUCUCCUAGUUGCACGCCACAUCGAGCGAGACAGUCGAGGCAUGGAGACCAAGAAAGCUCCUCAUCUAAUGGAGACGGUGUACGAGAAAUAUCGCCCCCAAUUCCUGGGCGCCAUGCUGAGACAGCGGAUGAGAGGGACGAUGCGAUUGCCAAUUUCAUUCGAUCGGACAUAGAGGGCGACAAGGAAUGGCCUCGAUGCAUGUCGAUCAUCUCUCAUGGAGGCCCAAAGCGCGUUUCUGACGUCCUGUGGUCCUUCAAUUACGUCGAAAACAGAGUUAAGGAACACGAAGAUAGGAAAACACCAUCACACUGGGAUGGCGCACCAAACUCCAGGGUUGAGAGACGACAUGUUUGGCGUGUCCUGAACCUCACUUCCGAAUGGGGAGAGGAGUGUCGGACUGUUCUCACUCUUGUCGGCCAUUACGGCAAGUAUGGGCGCAGGUAUCAGGAUCCGCGUGUCAUGAAUGAGAUUGACAGUACGGCCGCCCCUACAGAGAAGACUUGGAAACGGUUUUUUAAACUACUGCACUCGGUUGAUGCGCAGUAUUUGUCCAGUCGAUUAAUGGAAAAUAUGUGAACUUAAUUAAGCUGUUCACCUCUUAUAUUUGCACUACGUCAUCACUUCAUGAUAAUUUCCCGCUCGUACUCUCAAUGCGCGCCCGUACAAAUACAUUAAAAUAAUAAUACAUAUAUGUUUUCUUGCUA